GAAGGAACUUAAAAAACAAAGUGAUUGUAUAGUGUUGAAAUGUUAGUGUUGCGGGCGUAUUUAAGCUGUUCUUUGUUGUAGCUGCAAUGCCAUUUAAUACUACACCAGCAGCAGUUUUGAUGAAAUGGUAUUUAAUGCUAUGUACUAUACGGGCAAUUCGGUCGGUUUUAAGCAACAGCCACACCACCACCACCAACAACAGCCACAACAUCAGUCCCACGUGCCGCUAACAAAAGAGUGCACGAAAAUAUCUCGACACCCAGCCAGUGAGCAAAAAACAUUGGCUACUGUGUGUGGGGGUGACUCCACAACAACAACCGCAAUAACUACAUCCAUAGAUCCAGCAGAAUCGAUUAACUUAAUUGAUCAAGUUAUUUCGCCAAGUUAUAAUUAUCAAACUAUUCAUCAGUACAUUAACAAUAACGGAACUAACACUAGCGGCGCAACAGCAACAGCAACCACAUUGAUAGGUACAGAUACAGGUAAAACAGCUACGUCGGAUGCAAAGCGAACAAGCUCGCCAUUGAUAUCCAUCACAGCAACAACCACAACAAUAUCCAAUUCAACGGCGACGAGAACCUCAGUGGCGGCAGUACCUACGUCAGCGCUUACAUCCGCGAAUUCCCUGCCCGGCUACUAUGGCCUAGGCAUACCCAAGUCGCCCUCAUUUCACAGUGGACUUGAUCAGUUAGCCGACAACAACGACGACGACGGCGACGACUCAUUGUUCCCAAACGCCAACGGACGCAAAGACGACGACAUCCCACACGGUGUUGGCAGUUGUAGCGGCAGCUCGACAGUACGAUUUGCAACAACAAAUCACAGCGUACACAGCGUAAAAUUCAAAUUUACUAAUAUAGAAGAAAUCAAAGCGAAAUUUCUGGUUGGUGAAACGUUCGGAACAGUACACCCGUCUGGCAACAAUCGUUGCAUUAUGCCCACAAUGCCCGCAAUGCCACAACAUCAGCAAGCCGACAUUCAGGCCACCGCAGCAGUAACGCAGCUAAUAACAGCAAGCAGCAAUACAUUGUCGGCGGUGACAACUCCUCCUGUUGCCACUGGCAUUGUAUCCGCCGCUGUUGCCUCAUUUACGUAUAAUUCCAAUAACGCAGCUACUGCAUAUUCUUCCAACAACACAUCUUCAUAUUCCUCAUUGUUAGCUCCAUCUUCAUCUACAUCGGCAUCGAUAUCGACAUCGGCAUCGGCAUCUGCAUCUGCAUGCGUAUCGGCUUUGUCUGGUACAAGCACGAUUGUGGCUGGUGGAAUACCUAGUGGUGGCGUUGGCGUCAGUGUUGGUUCUGGUGCGGGCAUUGGCGGUGCUGCUAUUAAUUCAAUUAGCACUGCCAUUGUUACCACAUCGACGACGACAACGUCAUCUUCUCUGGUUGCGACACUGACACAGCACUUCUCAGCUGCCACCUCAGCUACAUCAUUGCUUUCAACAGCUGCCACAUCAUCGCUAACUGCAAACAAUAAGUCGGCAGUCAGUGCGGCUGCCGCGAUCAAAAAUAUCUUGAAUGCCACAAAGAGUGUUGGAAGUUCAGCUGCAGCUGUAGCGACGAAUAGCUUUAACGGCAAUCAAGGACAACCGGCAAAUUCUGCAGGCUGUGCAAGCGGAGGAAAUGUGGCACAAAAUAUCGUCAGCGGAAUCGGUAUCUCGUUGGGUAUCACUAGUGCGGCUAACAGUAAUAUUGCCACCACCGGAGUGCUAUUGCCCAAUGGAAAUGGUACAUCUUUAGCAACAAGGCUCAACAAUUCCAUUGCGGCGCAUUUCCAAAAUGGCGACGACCCGAUCAAUGGCUGCAACAGUAGCAGUAACAAUAGUAGUAGUAAUGGCGCGGGCAGUGGCAAUGGUAACAACAGCAAAGACAGCCCGGCCAGCAAAGGGAUCUUAUCGCCACAAACAUUGGAACAAAUCAGCGGAAGUCCUGGACGCGCACGAGAUCGUAAUUUAUUCCACUCACCAUCCGCCACAUCGGCGGCCGUACCUUUGCCGCUACUACGAGAAACACCCGCAAAUGAACGUGAACAACUUCUGAUACAAAAGUUGAGACAAUGCUGCACGCUCUUCGAUUUUUCCGAGCCAUUAAGCGACUUAAAAUGGAAGGAAGUGAAACGUGCGGCGCUACACGAAAUGGUCGAGUAUCUGUCCAAUCAGAAUGGUGUAAUUACGGAGGCAAUCUAUCCGGAAGCAAUAAAUAUGUUUGCGGUAAAUUUAUUUCGCACAUUACCCCCAUCAUCGAAUCCGAACGGUGCUGAGUUCGACCCGGAGGAAGAUGAGCCAACGUUAGAAUCAUCAUGGCCUCAUUUACAAUUUGUUUAUGAACUGUUUUUGCGUUUCCUCGAAUCGCCAGACUUUCAGCCGAACAUUGCUAAACGUUAUAUUGAUCAUCAAUUUGUGUUGCAACUGCUCGACCUGUUCGAUUCGGAGGAUCCGCGUGAACGUGAUUUCCUUAAGACUGUACUGCAUCGGAUCUAUGGAAAGUUCUUGGGCUUAAGAGCAUUUAUACGCAAGCAAAUCAAUAACGUAUUCUAUCGUUUCAUUUAUGAGACCGAACAUCACAAUGGCAUUGCUGAACUUUUAGAAAUUCUCGGUAGCAUUAUUAAUGGUUUCGCAUUACCACUAAAAGAGGAGCACAAACAAUUUUUGCUGAAAGUACUAUUACCGUUGCACAAAGCGAAAAGUCUGUCUGUUUAUCAUCCGCAGCUAACAUAUUGUGUAGUACAAUUUUUGGAGAAAGAUCCAAGCCUAUCCGAACCAGUCAUAAGGAGUCUUUUGAAAUUCUGGCCAAAAACACAUAGCCCCAAGGAAGUGAUGUUUCUAAAUGAACUGGAAGAGCUACUCGAUGUCAUCGAACCGGCUGAAUUUCAAAAGGUUAUGGAACCGCUAUUUCGACAAAUCGCCAAAUGUGUGUCCUCGCCACAUUUUCAAGUGGCGGAACGAGCGCUUUAUUACUGGAAUAACGAGUAUAUAAUGUCGCUGAUCGCCGACAAUUCGCAGGUAAUUUUACCUAUAAUGUUUCCGGCCUUGAACCGAAAUUCAAAAACGCAUUGGAAUAAGACGAUACAUGGAUUGAUUUAUAAUGCACUUAAACUGUUCAUGGAGAUGAAUCAACGCCUUUUCGACGACUGUAGUCGAAACUAUCGCCAGGAAAAGCAGAUGGAACGCGAAAAAAUGUCGCAACGCGAAGAGCUUUGGAUGCAGGUUGAGUCUUUGGCAAAAGGUAAUCCAGAGUGGCCAAAAAUGUGUGGUCAAAUGGACAAUUUAAGUAUUUCAAGUAGUCAAAAUGAGUUCGAAGAGAAUGAGAAUUGUGAUCUUACUUAUGACAAAUUGGAACAAGAAACCAGACAGCAACAGAUACAACCACAACAGCAAGCAGCACAGGAAACUAGAGAGAUACGCGGUGAACGUAAUAAAGACAAGCCAUUGUUGCGUCGAAAGUCGGACUUGCCAACUGAUAGUGGCACAAUGCGUGCCUUAAUCGAGCAUAAGCGGCCAGAUGACUUCUUGAAGACAACACCAGAUGUGAACAAGUACUAAAUUAAAUAUAUUUGAAAGAAGCAAAUGCAGAAAUAGUACCAGCAAUACCAACACACCACUUGGAAAUCACCGCAGAUAUAAACUAUGUGAAUCAGUUGAAAUUCGAAUCUGAUCGAAAUCAUACAUACAUAAGUGUGAAAUAUUGAAUAAUAAUUUUAUGUGCAUUGGUGUUACAUACAUACAUAUGAACAUACAAAGAAUUGCAAUUCCACAAUUUUUCAUAAGAACCAAGUACCAACUAAAUCUUAAUAAUAUUUAACAACAAUUAAGACAAAUUAUUUGUAUAUUGUUUGUUAUAUAAUCACCUUAAACCUAUAAAAACUGGGGGGCAAGAAGCGGAAGUAUACACACUUUAUUCAGAAAAAAUAGUUUAGUAUACCCGAAGGUGUUAUUAAAACUAUUUUGCAAAUUAGGUGUGAGCCUAAUAUGGAGUCCUGAAUAUGGAUUGCAAACAAAUAUCGAUUUAAUAUUACUAUAACCGAAAGAUGUCUUAAUGAAGACCGUUGUAAAACA